UUCAGUUAUCGAAUGUUAUAGUGGAAGGUAGUCGUGCGUGUCGCAAGUCGGACUCGGGACAUUUCGUAGUAACAUCUGAAUCAUCGGCGCUGAGUCAGUGUGGUGCGCGGUCAAGGAGUGUAUUAGGACUUGUCCUUGAGUGAUCGUGGUCUUCGUGUUAUGCACACAAUGAGUGACCCGGCGGCACUCGCUGGUAUGCUGCCCUUCGAUUCCAUCGGCUUGUAUGAGCAGCCCAAACCGCGGUUCAUCUUCAAGAUGCCCCGCGUAGUUCCAGAUCAAAAGGGGAAAUUCGAAUCCGAUGAUCUAUUCAAAAGACUGAGCAGAGAGAGCGAGGUCCGCUACACAGGCUACAGGGACAGGCCCCCGGAGGAGCGUCAGAUGCGGUUCACGAGCGGCUGCCGCGAGGGUCACACGGAGAUAGCGUUCACCGCCACGGGCACCAACUUACAGCUGGUGUUUGACCACUCUCCCUACAACAACCGCGGCUGCGACUUCCAGAAGGAAACUGGGAAGGUCCACAUCGUUUCUCGGUUCAUAAUGAACGGCGUGUGCGUGCGAUGGCGGGGUUGGAUCGACUUGGAGCGAUUGGACGGGGCUGGUUGUUUGGAGUUGGACGAGGAGCGAGCGGCGAUGGAGGACGCGGCGCUGAGGGAACAGAUCGAACGGUACAACCAGCGUCUGCGGGAGUUCGAGGACAAGCAGCGAGCGUACCGCGAGCACGGCGACGACCUGCGCCACUCGCACGCGCACGCGCCGCGCUGCCACCAACCGCGCCAGCCGCCGCACGCCGGACACCCGGCACACCCUCACCCGCACCCCGUCCACAUCAAACCUCACUCACAGGGAGCUCUCAUCUCGUAAAUGUUGCAUUCUAGAUUUAACUUCAAACUUGACUUGAGACACUUAAACAUCUGAAAAGAGGCAAGACAACCCAUCUUUUGCGUUCGUGGCAUGUCAGCAAAUACCAAACGUCUCAGGACAGGAGUCUUAUCAUGUGUAGGCAAACUCUAAUUGAAGUAUCGGACCUAUACAUUAUUUCGUAUGUACUUAUAGAAUUUUUCCGAGUGGACUGCUACUCUACUUAUUCCCUGUAAGAGAAUUUGUCCAUAGUUUAUAACAGUUACUUACGUAUAGAUUGGUACUUAGGUAGAUAACUACUUAAUCAAAAUCAGCUUCUAUUCGAUCUUUUAAACUGUUUUCUUCAGUAGGUCAGUCAGUAAUUUAGAAUUCCACAUUGUAAGGUCGAACACUAAAUAAGUACUAUUUCAUAAUAAAAUCAUAGAAUAUAGUGAUGUUAGGUGUGAAGGGUACACUACUCCUCAGCUUAAGCCAAUGACUUGAUCACCAAAAAGAGAUAUUUUAAUGUCUACUCUAAGUUACUCGUUCAUAUUUUAUCAGUCUUCAUGUGAAUGUACUUAGUUGCAAUGUUAGAUAAGUUUAAUGUAGUAAUAGUAUAAAAAUAAUUCUUAAAAAAUCCACAAAAGGUACAUAUUCCGUAAAAUACAACAAAUUGUGCAAUCUUUUUCUUGUUUAUUAAAUUGUACUGAUUCAAUACUUAUAGGUAAUAAUUUAUGUUGUGAAAUGAAUGUCUAAAUGCGAAAUGUUCCAGAAUAGCGAAAAGUAAAAACGGUUCAUUCGUUGUAAUAUUAGCAGAGUCAAAAUAUCACUCGUUAGUGAUUAUUUUUUAAUUAAUUUUGCCAUUAAGGUAAUUAUGUUCUUGUUUAACUUGUAGUACACGUUAAUUAUUUUUAAGUUGAUUUUAUAUGUAACAAAGACCGAAUACAAAAUAUUGUGAUAAUGUAAAUAAAUCUUUACGUCUUUUAUAA